AUGCCCUAUACAGGCAGUGCAUCGCCUCUGGGUGCUUCCCCAGCAGAGGGGGGCGUCAACUUUGCAUUGGCAGCUCCUCAUGCCACAGCGGUCACCCUGUGUCUCUAUAAUGCCGACAACAGCCCCCUUCAGGAGCUGAAGCUGCACAAUACGGGCGACGUCUGGCACGGCCUCGUCCACGGCCUCCCCCUGUCCGGCAUCCUGUAUGGCUUCAGGGUGUCCGGGGCGGAGGGUCCCGACUCGCCCUACCGCUGGGACGACACUCGUGUCCUGCUGGACCCCUAUGCCAGGCUGGUGGCAGGCCGGGCCCGCUUUGGGCAGCGGGACGAAAGAGAGGGGUUCCAGGAGAGGCUGGGGUCCCUCUUCCGCGGGACCUUUGACUUCGAGGCCGAGCCCUUUGACUGGGGCCCCGGGGAGGAGACCGGCCGCCCAGACAUCGCCACCAAAGACCUGGUCAUCUACGAGCUGCCGCUGCGCUGCUUCACGGCCUCCCCCACCAGCGGGCUCCCGGAAGGGGAGCGUGGAGGGUUCCUGGGACUGAAGGACAAGAUCCCACACCUCAAGGAGCUGGGCAUCAAUGCGGUGGAGCUCCUGCCACUCUUUGAGUAUGACGAGCUUGAGUUCCAGCGCAGCCCCAACCCAAGGGACCACAUGGUGAACGUCUGGGGCUACUCCCACCUCAGCUUCUUUGCCCCCAUGAGUCGCUUUGCGGCAGAUGGCGGCGGCCCACUGGCAGCCGAUCGGGAGCUGAAGGAGACGGUGAAGGCUCUGCAUGCCGCGGGCAUCCAGGUCAUUGUGGAUGUGGUCUACAACCACACCGCAGAAGGCGGCGACGACGACCCGUACCUGCUGUCCUGGCGUGGGAUCAAUGCUGGGGUGUACUACCAGCAGGACCCCGCCUCCCACGCCAUCCUCAACUUCUCCGGGUGUGGGAACACGGUGGCGGCCAACCACCCUCUGGUCCAGGACCAGAUCCUCACCUCGCUGCGCUGGUGGGUGGAGGAGUACCAUGUCGACGGCUUCCGCUUCGACCUCGCCCCCUGCCUGUGCCGGGGUCAGGACGGGGAGCCCCUCGCCACCCCCCCCGCCAUCGAGGCCAUGAGCAAGGACCCCAUGCUCUCCAAGGUGAAGCUGAUUGCGGAGCCCUGGGACCUCGGCCUCUACAUGGUGGGCUCCUUCCCAAACUGGGACAGCUGGAAAGAGUGGAACGGCCAGUAUCGGGACGACGUGCGCCGGUUCAUCAAGGGGGAUGCCGGCUUCAAGCAGAAGUUUGCGACCCGCCUGGCUGGCUCCUCGGACCUCUACAACUACAACAAGCGGAAAGCCUCAGACUCCAUCAACUUUGUGAUUGCGCAUGAUGGAUUCACCCUGGCAGACUCAGUGGCCUACAACGAGAAGCACAACGACGCCAAUGGCGAAUUCAACCGCGACGGCACCAACGACAAUUUCAGCUGGAACUGCGGCGUGGAGGGGGAGACGAGUGACCCCGGCGUGUUGGCGCUACGGGCGCGCCAGAUGCGGAACCUGCACCUCGCCCUCAUGCUCUCGCAGGGCACCCCUAUGAUCCUCGCAGGGGAUGAAUACGCGCAGACGCGGCACGGCAACAACAACUACUACGGGCACGACACCGAGCUCACGCACUAUGACUGGGAGAAGCUGGAGGAGGCCAAGCAGAGCGGGUGGUUCAGGUUCUACGCCGGCCUCAUCCACUUCCGGACAGGUCACCCCCUGCUGGGGCGGGACGAGUUCCUGGGUCCACAGGACGUGACUUGGCACGAAUCCAGCUGGGAGGACCCAGAGUCGCGCUUCCUUGCCUUCACCCUGCAUGACAGGGGCCAAGGGGGAGGUGACAUCUAUGCCGCGUUCAACGCCCACGGCUUCUCCGUGGAUGUGGACCUCCCGUUGCCCCCCCCGGGCCAGCGCUGGGCAAGGGUGGUGGACACCAACCUCCCGUCGCCACGGGACUUCACCCCAGGGGGUAACAAGGGGGUGGACCCGCGCUACAACAUCCAGUGCUUUUCAUCCAUCAUGCUCCUUGCGGUGCCAGUGGAAUGA